CCGCUGCAAACCGGAAAUAAAAGCGUCGCUGUCAGCUCGCGAUGUGAAGCAGCUGAAAACUUCUUUAGACUUUAAUAAACUUUUUGUUUUUGUUUAAUUUUGUUUUCGCGGGAAGCUGAAGGGGCGGGUUCGUCGCUGCGCGGAGCGCGAGCACGUUUGUCGGAACAGGAAGUGAGGAAGAGCAGUUUGUUUCUCUGCAGCAAUGAAGAGAGGGCGUGUCCUGGCUUUGCUAGUGGGUGGAGUCUUCUGCUUGGCUGUGAUGUCAUUAUACCGUAUGCUGGAGACGAUGCAGGGGGCGGGGCCUGAUCAAGUCAGCGAAACACCUUACAGACAGGCAGAUGAAGAUUUAUCCCACCUGCAGCAGAAGAUCGACAGGUUGGAGCGCCUCCUCGUCGAUAACAAUCACAUGGUCUCUCGACUGCGUGACUUAGUGCUGCGCAGACAGUCACCUGAAGGAAGGGGUGGAGCUAAUGUCAGCUCAGACUUCAAAGCAGGGCCCCUUCCUGGCUGCAGAUUGACUGAAGAGAUAAAGGAUGGUGCUGACGGUGUGCAGCUGCUGGAUGUUUAUGACCUCCUGCCCUUCGAUAACCCUGAUGGCGGUGUCUGGAAGCAGGGCUUUGAUAUUAAGUACAAUGGCGAUGAGUGGGCGGAGCAACCUUUAGAGCUGUUUCUGGUUCCUCACUCACACAAUGACCCUGGAUGGCUGAAGACGUUUGACGGAUACUACCAGGACCAGACUCGACACAUCCUAGACAACAUGUUGUUGAAGCUUGGGGAGGACAGCAGGAGGACUAUGAUCUGGGCUGAAGUUAGUUAUUUCGCUGAAUGGUGGAGCAACAUCGAUGACCAGAAGAGGGCGAUGGUGAAAAGACUGGUGAAGGCGGGGCAGCUGGAGUUGGUGACGGGCGGCUGGGUGAUGGCGGAUGAAGCUAACUCUCAUUACUUCGCUAUGUUGGAUCAGCUGAUGGAGGGCCACCAGUGGCUGCAGACUCACCUAGGAGUCAAGCCAAGCAGCGGCUGGGCCAUAGAUCCUUUUGGCCACUCCCCCUCCAUGACCUACCUGCUGAAAGGGGCGGGGCUUAGCAACAUGGUUGUGCAGAGGAUACACUACGCUGUGAAGAAGCACUUCUCCCAGCAGCAGACUCUGGAGUUCAUAUGGCGACAGAGCUGGGACUCCUCCUCCAGCAGUGACAUCAUGUGUCACAUGAUGCCGUUCUACAGCUACGACGUGCCACACACAUGUGGGCCCAACCCGGCCGUCUGCUGCCAGUUUGACUUCCACCGCCUGCCGGGGGGGCGUGUCUUCUGUCCGUGGAAGAUCCCGCCUCAGGAAAUCACAGACCACAACAUCAAGGAGAGAGCCCUGCUCCUGCUGGAUCAGUACCGUCAGAAGUCCCGUCUCUUCCGCUCCUCGGUUCUUCUGGUUCCUCUCGGCGAUGACUUUCGUUACGUUGAGUCCAAAGAGUGGGACGAUCAGUUCAACAACUACCAGAAACUCUUCGACUACUUCAACCAGCACCCGGAGCUGCACAUCAAGGCUCGUUUCGGGACUCUGGCUGAUUAUUUUGCUGCUCUUCAUGGACGGCUGAGCUCCACAGGAACAGCUCUGCCCAAGCUGCGUGGAGACUUCUUCACGUACGCCGACCGAGACGACCACUACUGGAGCGGGUACUUCACGUCCCGACCCUUCUACAAGCGCCUGGAUCGAACCCUGGAGUCCACUCUCAGAGCGGCUGAAAUCCUCUUCAGCAUCACGCUGGCAGAGAUGCGUCGUUUCCGUGGCAGCGACCACCUUAUCGAAGGAUUUCCGGCACGUGAGCACUUCCAGCGUCUGACGGCGGGGAGGCGGAGCUUGGGGCUGUUCCAGCACCACGACGCUGUCGCCGGGACUGCCCGGGAACACGUGGUGAUUGACUAUGGAACCAGGUUGUUUCAGGCCCUGCUGAACCUGCACAAGGUGCUGCAGAGCUCCGCCCACUGGCUGCUCCUGUUGGACAAGAGCCAGUACCACCACGACCAAUCCAAACCCUUCCUACACAUGGAGGAAGUGAUGUCAGCGCAGGAUGCUCUGCCUCAGAAGACGACGCUCGUGCUCAGUGAUGAGCCCAGGUCUGUGGUCGUCUUCAACCCCACGGAGCAGCUCCGUACCUCCGUCGUGAGUGUUGUCGUCGAUUCUGCAGACGCGCAGGUUGUUGAUGCAGGAAGCGGUCAGCCAGUGACCGCUCAGAUCUCUGCAGUGUGGGCGGAGCCUAGCCGGGUGUCUGCAGACACCUUCCAGCUGUCCUUCAUCGCUGAACUUCCUCCUCUGUCCCUGGUUGUGUACCAUGUGACCAAAGCCCCUCCUGGCUCCACCCCCCGGGCCCGCUACACCGUCUAUCGCCAUGGCAACUCGCUGAGCGUACAGUCCGACCACUUCCAGGUGUCAGCUCUGGAAGGAAGUGAUGUCAGCACCCYUCUGUCUCUGAGCAACAAACAUUUUCAAAUAUGGAGCUCACCUGCCAGCGGCCUGCUGCAGAAAAUCAGCCUCCAGUCCGGUGCAGUUCAUCAGGUCCAGGUCCAGUUCCUGUGGUACGGAACCAGAAGCUCAGCACACCAAGACAAGAGUGGAGCGUACCUGUUUCUGCCAGGGGAGGAGGGGCCUCAGGUGAGCUGGAGGUGGUUCUGGACCGGCGGCUGCAGCAGGAUGAUAACCGCGGCCUCGGUCAGGGCGUCAUGGACAACAAGCUGACGGCGAGUCUCUACCACCUGCUGCUGGAGGAGCGGCAGGGCGGGGCUCAGAAAGUGGGAGGGGCCUCAGUGGAGCACCUGUCUCUGCUCGCACACCUGGACUCUCUAUCCCUCUGCCACCCGCCAAUCACCAUGUUCACCCAGAGCCGGCUGCCGAAGCUCCGCCCCUUUCUGCCACUGCGCUCGUCUCUGCCAUGUGAUGUGCACCUGCUGAACCUGAGGACCCUGGAGGACCCACAGGAAGUGGGAAGUCCAUCAAAGGAAGUGGCUCUUCUCCUACACAGGAAGGGCUUUGACUGUAGCUCCACCCCCAGUCCUUUGCCCUCAUGCACGUGGAGCGCGCACGAGGAGGUGGACCUGGAGGAUGUUUUUGCUCCUCUCCGGUUCCGUUCGCUCCUGCGCUCAGGUCUCACUCUUCUGCGUGACCACGACGAGCCAGGCUCCGCCCCCCAGCAGCGCCGGGUUCAGCUUCGUCCGAUGGAGAUCAACGCCUACCGAGUUCAGAUGGGCUGAGAAGGAAAGGGGCGGGGCUGCGAGCGUCCAAUCACAACACAGCAGGAGCUGUCAGCUGUUACAUUUUAGGCAGGAAGCACAAGGGUCAGAUUUUCACAA